AGAGAGGGUGUUAUGAGUUAUUUACGACUCACCGCUUGCGUUCUGAAAUAGGCAUGAGCUUCUCCUAGAAUAGGCUCGAUUGCUCUUCCUUUCUUCUCCCAUGUUGCUUCUACAUCACUCUGAAUAUCCAUAUUCUGGUAAACAUAUCAAAACAACCCAUCGCCAUAUUCACCCUUCUUUGUCAAAAAAAUCUGCGUUUUCACCAGAAUAAUCUCCUAAUUACAGGACCACAACAAAUUCCUUUAUUUAUCCCAACGAUUAGCCAUUGAUAGACGCAGAGCAGUUAACAAUGACAGAUGUGAUCCAGCACAAGGCUUACGCCAGAAUCGGAUUGCUAGGAAAUCCAAGCGAUGUCUACUAUGGCAAUACUAUUUCGAUCAGCAUCACCAAUUUCUGGGCUUCUGUUAAAUUGGAGCCGUCUGAACACCUCAUUGUUAAACCCCACCAUUUUCACGAUCUUGUCGAGUUUGAUUCUCUCAACCACCUGGUUAAUCGUUUAGAGACUGAAGGUUUCUAUGGAGGUGUGCGUUUGUUAAUGGCCAUCUGUAAAAUAUUCUACAAGUACUGCAAAAAUAAUCUCAUUGAUCUUCAUGAGAGGAAUUUUACCCUAUCAUAUGAUACAAAUAUUCCUCGACAGACAGGACUUUCAGGUUCUAGUGCCAUUGUAUGCGCUGCCCUGAACUGUAUGCUUGACUUCUACAAAAUAAGGCACCUGGUUAGGGUAGAGGAGAGGCCUAAUCUUAUUUUGGAUGCUGAGAAAGAGCUUGGGAUUGUUGCUGGUCUACAAGAUCGGGUGGCACAAGUUUACGGGGGAGUUGUUUUUAUGGACUUCGGCAAAACUCACAUGGAAAAACUUGGACAUGGUAUUUAUUCACCAAUGGAUAUUAGUCUGCUUCCUCCUCUCUACCUCAUCUAUGCUGAAAAUCCUAGUGACUCUGGGAAGGUUCACAGUACUGUUAGAAAAAGAUGGCUAGAUGGUGAUGAUUUUAUAAGAUCAACAAUGAAAGAAGUUGCAAAUUUGGCAGUGGAGGGAAGACAAGUAUUACUCCAGAAGGACUAUGCAAAACUGGCUUCCCUGAUGAAUCACAACUUUGACCUUCGUAGAAGUAUGUUUGGAGAUGAUGCUCUUGGGGAAAUGAAUUUAAAGAUGGUGGAAAUAGCACGGGAGGUAGGGGCUGCGUCAAAAUUUACCGGAAGUGGAGGGGCUGUAGUUGCAUUUUGCCCUGCAGGACCACUCCAAGUUGAGCUUCUACAGGAGGCCUGUGAGAAGGCUGGUUUUAUCAUUCAACCUGUUCAAGUUGCUUCAUCAUUUUUGAAUGACAUGGAUCUCGGAAACUCUUCUUCCACAUGAUAGAACUUACCAUUACCUUUGGCCUAAUGGUAGAAGUAAAUGUCAUAGGUAAAUGGUAGGGUCAUAUGCCCAAGGACACAUUCCCUCGUCAUAUUACCCUUUACAUAGCUAUGUAGUGCUUAAUAUUUAGAAUAUGCUUAUCGGAGGUUCUUGUUUUCCAUGUCUAUUAUUUAGCUUAUACUUCCUCCAUUUUUUAAUUAUUGCACCAUUUUCCUUUUAUGGAAGUUGCAUAUUAAUUGCACCAUAUCCUUUUUCAGCAAGUUUACCUACAUGAAAUGACAUUUGUAUCCUUAUAUGGGUGGUGGGGACCAAACCCCACUUGUUCUUUACAUAAA